CGACGGUAUCCCUGGGUGUCCGUUUUCCACUGCCGGGUGCCGCGCAUGACUUGCUUGGGCCGCCAUGGAUCCACAUGAGCGCCAUGUGGAGAUCCUCAAGGUCUGGCUGGCAGAGAACGGUGUCUCCUGGGAUGAAAAGGCCAUCGAGCUGACCACGGCAUCGGGCGAUGUCCCUCUCGUGGGCGGCAUGGGCGUGCGAAGCUCGCGGCCGCUGCGUGCUGGAGAGGUGCUGGCAACCAUCCCCAAGUCCGCCGUCUUGUCGAUCAGGAAUACGCAGCUGGCACCGCAGCUGUCGGACUUGGACCUGGACGUGGCGCUGCGCUGUGCGAUCUGUGCUGAGCGCGCACUGGGCGAGAAGAGCCAGUGGCACGGAUACUUCAGGUCCUUGCUCCGUUCCAAUGAGCCUUUGCCCUACCUCUGGAGCUGCCCCGAACGUCAACUGCUCCUGGGCACCGACGCAUAUGCGACGGUGGAAGAGACCUUGGAGCUGCUGCGUGAGGAGUUUCGGGAGCAUCAACAGCUUCUGCACUCGCCGCCCUUACACGAGGUGACCAUCACCGAGGAGGACUACUUACAUGCUGCCACCUUGGCAAGCUCCAGAGCCUUUACAGUGGAUGACUUCCAUUUGGAGGCCUUGGUGCCCUUCGCGGACGUCUUCAACCACCGCUGUCAGAGGGUCCCCAAAGGUGAAGCGAUCCAGGGCACAGCUCAGCGACGCAGCGAAGCAACUUGUCAAGAUGUGGCUGAAGUCGCUCCCUUUGGCCUUUGGCGCGGAAGGAUCCCAAAGAUGCAAAUUGCCCUGGCAGAAGCGACCCAAGAAGUCAAUCAGGUGCGAAGCGGAACGGGACCGACUGGGCAGUUGAUGAUCUACGUCUUGCAGGAUCUCGCGGCAAAUGUCGAGAUCUUCAACACCUAUGGGGAGUUCUCCAAUGACAAGCUCUUGCAAGACUAUGGUUUCAUCCUGGAGCAGAACGCUUUCAACACCGUGACCUUGCCUCGUCGCGGCCUCGAGAGUCCACGAUGCGCUUGGCAGCUGCGCUGGGCUGAGAAGCAUCAGAAGCAGCUGGAGCUCCUGCAGGAGGGCAGCGAUGAAGAAAUGGAAUCUGAAGGUAGCGAGGAAGAGCCCGAAGAGGGAGCAGGUGCAGCAGGUCUCGGGUCUCACGGCCUGGUGAGCUUCUUUGAGCUGGGCAUCGCCACCAGUGGCGCCGGUCGACCUGCAUGGCCUCGGCAGCUGCGAAGGUUCCUGGCAGUCUUGGCCACCCCGCGUCGCCAGCUGAAGAAGCUGAGUGCUGCUGGAUUGAGGGUGAGGCAGAGAAAGAGCUUUCUCUUGGGCUCGCCGGUCGCCCGCGCGCUGCUGCGCCGUGGGCUGCGCGCGCGCUGGGCCGAGUAUCCGGAUCCAUGCACGGCUGAGCAAGAUCGUGCACACUGGCGAAGCGCUGGAGAGGGACCUGUGAGAGAGGCAUUGGGGAGAAAGAAAUUUUGGAGCGUUUCCUCCAAGAGCUCCGCCGCGCGCCCAUGAGCCGAACGCGCCGGACGCUGGCGAUGGGACGAAGACGACGCGGCGAACCAAAAAGCGGUGAACAGAAGCGAGCGUCGUUGGGGACGUG